GCGGGCGGGGGCCGGGACCCGGCGCUCUCGGGACCGCUCACUCUGGCACCCAGUCCCUCGCAGCCACGCCGGGCGCGCACUCACACUCCCUGUCGGCGCGCGGCUCCCGGGCGCGAUGGACGCGGCGCUGCUCUACAGCCUGCUGGAGGCCAACUGCAGCCUGGCGCUGGCCGAAGAGCUGCUCUUGGACGGCUGGGGGCUGCCCCUGGACCCCGAGGGUCCCGACUCCUACUGCAACACCACCUUGGACCAGAUCGGGACGUGCUGGCCCCGGAGCGCCGCCGGAGCCCUGGUGGAGAGGCCGUGCCCUGAGUACUUCAACGGCGUCAAGUACAACACGACCCGGAACGCCUACAGAGAGUGCUUGGAGAAUGGGACGUGGGCUUCACGGAUCAACUACUCACAGUGCGAGCCCAUUUUGGAUGACAAGCAAAGGAAGUACGACAUACACUACCACGUCGCCCUCGUUGUCAACUACCUGGGCCACUGCGUCUCUGUGGCAGCCCUGGUGGCCGCUUUCCUGCUUUUCCUGGCUCUGCGGAGUAUCCGCUGUCUGCGGAACGUGAUUCACUGGAAUCUCAUCACCACCUUUAUCCUGCGAAAUAUCAUGUGGUUCCUGCUGCAGCUCAUCGACCACGAAGUGCAUGAGAGCAACGAGGUCUGGUGCCGCUGCAUCACCACCAUCUUCAACUACUUCGUGGUGACCAACUUCUUCUGGAUGUUCGUGGAGGGCUGCUACCUGCACACGGCCAUUGUCAUGACCUACUCCACCGAGCGCCUGCGCAAGUGGCUCUUCCUCUUCAUCGGAUGGUGCAUCCCCUGCCCCAUCAUCAUCGCCUGGGCCAUUGGCAAACUCUACUAUGAAAAUGAACAGUGCUGGUUUGGCAAGGAGCCUGGUGACCUGGUGGACUAUAUCUACCAAGGCCCCAUCAUCCUCGUGCUCCUGAUCAACUUUGUAUUUCUCUUCAACAUCGUCAGGAUCCUAAUGACGAAAUUGCGAGCAUCCACCGCAUCGGAAACAAUCCAGUACCGGAAGGCAGUGAAGGCCACUCUGGUUCUCCUGCCCCUCCUGGGCAUCACCUACAUGCUCUUCUUCGUCAACCCUGGGGAGGACGACCUGUCGCAGAUCGUGUUCGUCUACUUCAACUCCUUCCUGCAGUCAUUCCAGGGUUUCUUUGUGUCUGUCUUCUACUGCUUCUUCAAUGGAGAGGUCCGCUCGGCUGUGAGAAAGAGGUGGCACCGCUGGCAGGACCACCACUCCCUCCGAGUGCCCGUGGCCCGGGCCACGUCCAUCCCCACGUCGCCCACACGGAUCAGCUUCCACAGCAUCAAGCAGACGGCCGCCGUGUGACCCCUCCGCCACCCCGCUCGCCCAUCACUCCACCUUAGGGACAGCUUCCCCAUCCUUGUCUGGCGCCUGUCUCUGGGUUCACCUUGCUGCGCGGGCCCUGGUGGGGGCGGAAGGGAGGGAAGAGACCAGCCCGGCCAGCCAGAGAGAGGCUGUGCGGCAGGCGGCGUGAGAGGCUCUCAGGAGCCAGGGCCGGCUGGGCCGGAAGUGUCAGUGCAGAGGGAGCAGAGGGGAGUCACAGGGACCAGCCACCCCCCGCCAGAGGAGCAGUUUACAAGUCUUCAGGCAUUUGCCCACACCAGCCUCUCACUGUAUCCUCACCGUAGCCCCAUUCACAGAUGAGGAAACUGAGGCCCUGAGCCAGAAGGGGCCUGCCCAAGUCCUACAGCUAGUUCUCAGCAGAGCUGGGGGUCCUCACUGCCCCCUUCAAUGCGGUUGGUUCUCCUUGCCUUCUGCCUCCGUGCUCAGUGCUGCCCUCUGCGGUUGAGGGUGGUGGUCACAGCAAUAGGAAGUAAAGGAUUAAUUUGGCUUCAUCCCAGGGGCUCUCACCUACCCCCCACCCCAGACCAGGUCAUCUCUCUGCCCCUCCCCAGCCAUGCUCCUGUCCCUGGGGUCCUAGGAAGGAUGCUGCUUCCUGUCUUCGGAGACCUCUUCUCCACAGGCUCGGGACCUUGGGGAGGGACUUGUGGGGAGGAAGACACAGGGCAGCCAUACACUGUUAGGCCAACCAGAAGGUGUAGAGCAGGACAAGGGAGGAGGAGGCUGCCCCCCACUCCCCCGCCGGGGCAAGGAGUAGGACUGGAAUAUCAGAAACCAAAGUGGGUCUUUGAUGAUUAGAACCAAUCUCCGAACCCCCACCUCAGACUGGGCUUCAUUUCAGCCUCCCCUUCAGAAACCACGUCUCUGCUCUCUGCGAAAUAAACCAUGCCUCUGUGGAAACAGCCUCCCCUCAGGUCAAGUCAACCAGGCAUGCGAAGGGGUGCUGUGGCCAAGGAUGGGGGGCUGGAUCCAUUCUCGUUUGCAGAGCCCAUGGCCCUGGCCUAGGGCUGGUUCUCCAUCUCUGACCUGUGUGUCUGCAGGUCUGUCCAUUAUCAUUUCCCGGGACAGUGUCUGCCCCUCCUCCCCAACCAAGGGCAGUUUAAUUCAGCACAGAGGACGGGUGCAAUUCGCAGACCGCAGCCCGUCCCAAAGGCCAGUGACCUGAAAUCCAGAGGCAAGUGUAGACAAGGCCCCAACAGUCUCCGUGAACAACCAUGAGGGAGUUUCCAGGAGACGGUGGGAGUGGAAGGGACUGAGGAGCCAUCAGGCCAGGAUUCAAAAGGGCUUUUGCUCUAGGAAUACUCCCAAAACAUUUUUUUUUUGUAAUCUGGUAUCCCAUCUUGCAUGUUUUUAAGUUGACAUCUAAUAUUUUCUACAUACAUUUUUUUUUUAAUUUUUUUUUUCAACAUUUAUUUAUUUUUGGGACAGAGACAGAGCAUGAACAGGGGAGGGGCAGAGAGAGAGGGAG